ACAAGCAACAAUACAAAAGCCAAAUCUUGUUUAUAUUUUACUUUGCCGAAAGUGUUGACAAUAUUCGAGUGAAAUAAACAUCUUAAAAUGGCAUCAGGAUUGGAGGCCUAUAUAAAUCAUACGGUAUCUAUAAUUACCGCAGACGGACGAAACUUUAUUGGCACACUAAAAGGGUUCGAUCAAACUAUAAAUGUCAUCCUCGACGAGUCGCAUGAGCGAGUCUUCUCUACCACAUCUGGCAUCGAACAAAUUGUUUUGGGACUCCAUAUUAUUCGUGGUGAUAACAUAGCUGUAAUUGGUCUUAUAGAUGACCAAAUUGAUUCGCGACUUGACUUGGGUAACAUACGAGGGGAACCAUUGGGUCCAGUAGUGCAUUAAGGUUCCUUAUCUAUUACAACAAUAAAACAACUAAUCCCAAUUAAACAAUAAAAUUUUUAUUAUUUUCGUAUUUUGAUAAUAAA